AUGCCUGACCAACAAACAUAUCAGCUACAUCCGUUCGGAUGGGAGCAGGAUCCUGAAGAAGAGCGGUUUAAAGUUUCAACUCUCGACUAUUUGACGGCCUGCACUUAUAACAAUUAUGCGCUUUUCUUUCGCAUGAAGGAUUCAGUGAAAUGUCGUGCUAUUGAGGUCCUCAAGUUGGGACUAGAACGGACAUUGAGCCAAACACGACAUCUUUGCGGAACAAUUGAAAAGGAUCCCAAGGGUGGUCAUUCUUUCGUGAAAAAGAAGGAUAGCACUGUGAAAUUUGUUGUUCAAAGAUUGGAUUUGGAAGGGGAAACUUACCCAUCUUUCGAUCAGAUUGAGAAGGAGAAUUUCCGCACUGCUUUCCUCGGCGAUCUUAAUCUUUGGAGCGUGGCACCAAUGACCUAUGGUGAGAAGCCCGAGGCUCUACCUGAUAGUAGUCCCGUGGUAGCAGCCUAUAAAGCGAACUUUAUUCGCGGAGGGCUUAUUUUGAAUCUGCACCACCAUCACUACGCCAACGAUGUCAUGGGAUGGGCUGGAUUUGCUCGACAGCUUUCGGAAAACUGCUACGCAGUCUUCAAUAAUACGCCUUUCCCUUCAUGGGACCCAUCAUGUCUAGAUGUAUCACGCCUUAUCAAAGCUGACCUUCCAGACGAAGCUAAAGUUGAUGGCCCACCCGCACCAGAUCGGCAUCCGGACCACACUGUCUCUGAGUCCCUACUCUUCCAUUUACCUAAGAGCAAGGCCGCAGAGCUUAAGACCCUUGCUUCCGGAAACAAUCAUGAGUCUUGGAUCUCGACAUUUGAUGCCUUUGCUGCAUUUAUUUGGCGAACGAUGACCCGUCUGCGUGCCCCCGUUUUCAAGACAGAUCUGUCAAGACCAACAUUCUAUGGCCACGCAGUCGAUAUGCGACGAAGGAUGCAUAGCCCAAAUGUUCCCGCACGUCUUCAGCAUAAUGUCAUGAUGGGUGCUAUCUCAGAAAUGGCACCCAUCCCUGCACCCACCGCGGCAGUAGUGAUAUCAGAAUGGCCUCUUUCACGGCUAGCCGCAUACAUACGAUCCUUAACAAAAAGUACAACUCAGGAAUUUCUCGAUCAAACGCUCGAAAUGAUCGUCCCCGUCCGCGACAAGACAGCCCUGAAUAUCCGGAGCGAUUCGAAACCACCAUUGUCCAUUGUUUUGACAGACCAUCGGGAAGCGAGCAUGUCAACCGCAGAUUUCGGAUUCGCGAAGCCGACUCUUUACAGGCAUCUUUUGGAUAAUGUCUCUGAGGGUGUCUAUGUUAUCUCCCCCCUCGUGAUCCUUCACCUGGAUCUGAUUUCGGGCCGGAAUUCUCUAUUGCGUAUGAAAGACACCUCAAGGACGCCUUGCUAG